GCCGUAUAAUAGGAGCCAGGGUGACACCACCUCGGCUUAAUCCCAAAGCUUGUGGGCGAUCGGCCAUGGCUCUCCGAACCCUCUUCUCCAAGAAAGCCUUCACAACAGCUUCUGGAUUCCGUCCGAUCGCCGCCGGAGAUCGGUGUUUUCUUCGCCAGGCGCGGGGCCUCACGGUUGCUGCCCUCCCGGACCUAGCCUAUGACUACGGCGCCCUCGAGCCCGCCAUCAGUGGCGAGAUCAUGAGGCUCCACCACCAGAAGCAUCACCAGGCGUACGUCACCAACUACAACAAUGCCCUGGAGCAGCUCGAGACGGCUGUGGCCAAGGGGGACGCAUCCGCGGUCGUCCGCCUGCAGAGCGCCAUCAAGUUCAAUGGUGGAGGUCAUAUCAACCACUCGAUCUUCUGGAAAAAUCUCAAGCCUGUGAAUGAAGGUGGGGGUGAGCCUCCACACAGCACACUUGGUUGGGCAAUCGAUACAGACUUUUGUUCUUUGGAGGCUCUGGUGCAGAAAAUGAAUGCAGAAGGUGCUGCUUUGCAGGGAUCUGGAUGGGUGUGGUUAGCUCUGGAUAAGGGAAGUAAGAAACUCUGUGUUGAAACCACUGCAAAUCAGGAUCCACUAGUGACCAAAGGUGCAAACUUGGUUCCUUUGCUGGGCAUUGAUGUGUGGGAACAUGCAUACUACCUGCAGUACAAAAAUGUGAGACCAGAUUAUCUGAAGAAUAUUUGGAAGGUUAUAAAUUGGAAAUACGCAAGCGAAGUGUUCGAUGAAGAGACUGCCUGAUGUGCCCUUCUUGUUCCGCUGACGAGUUUUCCCGUAUGCAAGUCUUGUGUGUGUUGUCACUGUUCUGCUGUAUCAAAUAAAUGAGGGCUUGUCCCUGUACAUUUCGUUGCCUUUCAUUAAUCUUUAGCACCUCCAUGCAAAUUACUUAAGAUGUGUUUAGAAUUAACCUUUUAGUUAUCUGAAACAGGUUUGACCUCAUA